AUGUUCAUCUGGGGCGUCGAACAACACCGAUACAGAAACUACCGAAGCGAGAGCCACCCUCCGCCAAGUAUUUUCAACCAAUGGCUGAAGCGAGUCUUUUGGACUGACACAGCCAAAGAUUGGGCAUAUGGGGAGGAUGACGGAAGUAUUAUUGGCUUGCCUCCAGAAAGAUUACCUGCGGCUCCCACUUGUCUUCGCACGACUUCGGAUGCCCUGCGUACAGUCAUGGACGCGGACCGAUUCACAGCGAUACACGCUCCCUUUAUGAUGGGACACACUUUUGCGUCCGAGUUCCAGAUUUCCCUUUAUACAAUCUUACGAUUGUCAGCACCGAUUUUGACGGAAGGAUACCUGGCAUUCCUGUGCUUGAUGACAGGAUAUCAAAAUCCCCUCACCGCGCGCCGAGAUGAGCCGAACAUGUCCAAGGCUGCAAACGGCCUACAAACGUUGCGUAAUGUGACUAUCACAAGAGACUUUGAAGCUGCUUGUACAUUGCUUUUGGGCCAGGCAAUUUCGCUUAUAUCAGCCAAGCCAUGGUAUGAAGAGUUGAUCCAGGAUCCGCAAAUGGAUACAGUGAUCUUCGCCCCAAUUCUUAUCGACACUGUCGAAUGCCUCGUGCAUCGCGAAGUUCCUAUCGUACGGCUCCCUAUUCCCAAUCGCAUCGUUGUCGAUCGUGCAGCCAUGCUCUAA